GAAGGAGAGGCGAGGAUGAUGGAGUAGCGGGGAUGGGGAGAGAGGGUAAGGGUCAGUGACCAUUCUCAGGUCAGGGCGUCCGAGCCUAACAAUGAAGGAGAGAAGGAGGAAGUGAUGGAGCGAGUAAGGGCGGGCGUAGGAGAAGGAGAGAUCAAGGAAGGCUUAAAGGGAGGAUCAGAGUGAGAGAAUGAGGGAGAGAGAGUGAGGGAGAAGGAAAGCGUGAGAGGAAGAGUGAGAGGGAAGGGUCAGGGUGAGGAGAGGGGGAGAGGAGAGUAAAGGAAGGAGCUGAAACGCGUGCGCGGGUGGGCGGGCGGACGGGCGGGUGACGAGGCUCUGCCCAGCUGGUGUUCCCACUCCGGUGCCGCGGCCACCUAGGACCCGCCGCCGACUCGCCCGCCGCCGCCAGCCAGCCCGAGCGAGCCUAGAGUGGCGCGCUGCGAGCCACCCCCUCGCUCCGCGGCGCCCAGUGCAAGUUGCAAACAAGGCGGGGAGCGACCCAACACUUCGAAAACUAAUUGAAGGUUUCCCGUCACUUGAAGGAGCCACAUGAGGGUGGGUCUCCAGGUGCUCUCGAGGCGAAAGAGACGAGUGCCGUGCGUGUGUCUGACUGCCCACCGCCGUGACGAUACCGGGGAAAAAGAGCGAGAAAAAUAAGCAGAACACCACAUGAGAAGUCCUUUGCCUUAGCUCAGCGGCGUGGAAGGAAGGCCCGCUCACGCCCGAUUCCCCACCAGCGCAUCGUAAGAGGGCGCUGUGAAGAUAACAAAGGGUUGGUACGAAACUUGCUUCGGCAUAAAAAAAAAAAAAAAACUUUGGGAAAAAAGAAGAAUCAUAAAGGAGAAUUGUCCUGAAACUUGGCUACAAACGGUACAAAAGAGAAAGAAAGACAACCUUCGCUCAUCUCCUCCACUUUUCGUUUUCCCCUUCCUUCUCCUCUCCCAACUUUUCCUCCUCUUUCUCCUGUCCCCCAUCCUGCUCCUCCUCCCCUGUCUCCCCUCCUCUGCUCCGGUAACAACCAUGAGGGGCGUCACAGCUGGUCUCCAUCACCCACUCUUCCUCCUCCUCCUCCUCUUCCUGAUCCUCCUCGUCAGCCUGCCAGCACAAGGACUGGAGGAAGUGAUCACCUCGGCCAAAAUCACGUGGGGGCGCGAGAACACCAACAAGCCUCACUUCGCGGACGUUGGAGAUACAAACGUGACGGCAAUGGUGGGGCAGCGGGCGCGGCUCCCCUGCACCGUGUUGAACCUGGACAAGCGGGACGCGGCGACUGUUAAGGUGUCGUGGAUUCGCCAGAGGGACCUUCACAUCCUGACGGUGGAUAUUUUCACCUACACGAGCGACGAGAGGUUUAAGGUCUUCCACCCUGAGGACAGCAAUGAGUGGCACCUGGAUAUUUCGUCUGUAACCUUCAGGGAUGCAGGUGUGUACGAGUGCCAGGUGUCCUCCAGCCCAAAGAUACACCUGCCUAUACACCUGCACGUCCAAGUGCAGCAGGCGAGGGUGCAGGGCCCCUCCGAGGUGUUCCUGCAGGAGGGCUCCACCAUCAAGCUCACGUGCAUAGUCAACACUCGGGAGGAAGACCAGGGCUCCCUUGCCUGGUAUCGGGGCAACACUGAGCUCGACUACGAUUCUCCCAGAGGAGGCGUGAGCGUGGAAAUCGAGAAAACCCCCACCAGGACCACCUCCAAGCUGUUCCUCACCCGUGCUGCGAAGGCUGAUUCAGGCAACUACACGUGCGCACCACACGACGCGCAGCCCGCCACAGUACACGUCCACGUUGUAAGAGGCGAGGAGUCCGCCGCCGUACAGACCGCCAGCUCCGUGCCGGCAAGGUGUGAUGAACAGCUCUUGUGUUGGUGUGUGCUGCUGCUGCUGGCACACAGGUGACCCCAGACUUAGCCGAAGCGACGCCAGCCCGCCCACGCACCGAUCGACGCCCGUUUUCCCUCCCUGCCUUCCCUACAUCCCUACCUCUCUCCCUUUCUCUAUCCGACUUCACUCCCAAACUUCUAGCGCAUCUCUGGAGAGUGUGUGUGUGUGUGUGUGUGUGUGUGUGUGUGUGCGUGUGGAUCUGGGAAUUAGGAAACCGUAUCUAUAAUGAACAUUUGUCAGAGAGAGAGAGAGAGAGAGAGAGAGAGAGAGAGAGAGAGAGAGAGAGAGAGAGAGAGUGUUAGUGAAUAAAAAAUACAAAUACAACACUCCCAACUCCACAGCCGUUUCUACUUUUGUAUCUCACUGUAGCAGCCAAACUUUGUACACAGGACGAGUUGAAUACAUUUAUUACUCCAACUUAUUCUCGAUUUGGUAAAUAAAAGGAUGAUUCA